AUGACCUGCGCCUCAGUUCCGGAUCACCAACGCGACGGGAAAAAACAUUCUGGAACCCCGUCACAGUCGUCACAGUCGGGAGCCGGGAAAGAGGCGAAUCUUAUGCCUCCGGCGAAAUCGCUGGUCGGACGAGCGCUAGGGAACGAACUGCAUUCCUCCGAUGCCCACAAGGGAUCCCAAGCCUCCAAGGAUGGUGUCGGGUUCGCCCUAACAGACACUCCGGUUUCUACCGCACCCUCGUCUCCACAAUUUCCUGCCAACUCCUCAACCCCUAACCUCCCUGGUCGCGUGCGUGCAACCACACUCGACAUCCCCGGUCUCACCAAGUCGAAGGUCUCCCCCGACGGACGAAUCGCUCAGCGAGAUGUCGGAUCCAAGCUCGUCAUUGUCAUGGUCGGCCUCCCCGCCCGGGGAAAGAGUUACGUUACUAAGAAACUCGCGCGGUACCUGAAUUGGCUGCAGCAUGACACUGAGAUUUUCAACGUCGGCAAUCGCCGUCGUGUGGCCGCUGGCAAGUCCCCAUCUGUCGCAGGACGCCGUCCUAGCCACCGAGCUAGCGUCAUUCACAGCGAGCUUGUCGAUUCGGUCCGACGUCUGAGCGUCAGCGUCGGCACCUCCAACCAACCAUCGCAUAAGGACAUUCGGCGUCCCGAAGUUGCUUCCGGCCUAUCGAACGAAGUAGUGUCUUCGCCCCCGGAACUCGAAAACCAGCUUCCACCUCCUGCGUGUCCCACCAAAAUCCUGGUCAACGGCAAGGAGGAGGACCCUUCACAAAGCACGAUUGUACCCCCAUUCAAUGCAGGUCUUGAGGACCAGGAUGCCAUACGCGAAGCAUCCCCCGAGCCCAUCGAUCAGUCCGCCAACUUCUUUGACCCUCAGAACCAACUCGCCGUGAAACUGAGAGAACAGGUGGCUUUGGACACCCUGGACGAGCUGCUGGAGUACAUUCUUGAACAGGGAGGUAGUGUGGGCAUUCUCGAUGCCACGAACAGCACCAUGGAGCGUCGGAAGACAAUCGUCGAUCAUAUUCGCAAGCGUGCCGGUACGGAAUUGAAUAUCCUCUUCCUCGAAAGCAGCUGUGUGGAUCAAGAGCUUCUCGAAGCCAACAUGCGCCUGAAACUUUCCGGUCCGGAUUACAAGGACCAAGACCCUGUCAAGGCGCUGGCCGAUUUCAAGCAGCGCGUGGCUCUGUAUGAGAAGUCGUAUGUUCCUCUGGGCGAGUACGAAGAGAAGAACAAUAUGGCCUUCAUUCAGAUGAUUGACGUCGGACGCAAAAUUGUGGCACAUCAGACGCAUGGCUUCCUUUCCUCGCAGGUUGUGUACUAUCUGCUCAACUUCAACCUUUCACCUCGCCAGAUCUGGAUCACGAGACACGGUGAGAGUAAGGAUAACCAGCUGGGUCGUAUUGGCGGUGACUCGGAGCUUAGCGAGAACGGCCAUCGAUAUGCCAAGGCAUUGACUCGCUUCAUCGACCACCAGCGGCGUCAAUGGGAGCUUAUCCAGAGACAGAAGGAGAUGCUCCGACAUCUACCACCGCGCGCUGGCGACAGCACUCCUCCAAACCCCUCCUACAUCCCCUGUGACCGCGCCCGUAAUUACUGCGUCUGGUCCUCAAUGAUGCAGCGCUCGAUUCAAACAGUCGAUUACUUCAAUGAAGAUGACUAUGACGUGAAGCAGAUGAAAAUGCUUGACGAGCUUUACGCUGGCGAGAUGGAGGGUAUGACUUACGACGAGAUUCGUGAGAAGUUCCCUGAGGAAUACCAAGCUCGUCGCAAGAACAAACUCUUUUACCGCUACCCCGGGCCUGGCGGUGAAGGCUAUCUGGACGUGAUCAAUCGUCUUCGCGCUGUGAUCAUCGAGAUGGAGCGGACGACGGAUCACAUUCUGCUUGUCACCCACCGAUCUGUGGCGCGCGUUCUUUUGGCCUACUUCCGUGGCUUGAAACGUGAUGAAGUCGCCUCUCUGGAUGUACCCCUCGGCAUGCUCUACAUGUUGGAACCCAAGCCCUAUGGGGUGGAGUUCAAGGCUUACCGUUACAACGCGAUCACGGACUGGUUCGAUUACAUCCCCGACUUCAAAUUACAGCAAUCUAGCGUCUACUAG